UAUCUUCAAUCUCUUGAAAAGUUUCACUUUAUUUUCAUCAAAACAUUACUUUCUUUUCCCUUCCCCUUAGGGUAUAUCCUUCUUUAGGUUAACCCUUCGAUAUGAUCAGAAGUUUGUUGACCUAACUAAUAAGAUUCGUGUCAGAUAGAUUUACCAAAAAGUUGUGGUCCUAUUCACAAAGUAUAUGUUUUCCUAUUUUCUCCAAACAAAUCAUCAAUCACAAUACACUACUUCAUUUCCCCCUCCCCUUCAUAAACUUGGUCCAUUCCUCCUUCAAAAGAUAUAUUUAUCUCAUCGGAACCAAUUCAUAUUCGUCUUGAAUAAAUCCACCAAGGAACGUAUAAAAACUAUUUUUCUCAGACUCGAAUCUGAAAUAUUUGAUUAAGGGUGGAGGGAUCGCGACCAACUAAUAUGGAAGAUGUUGAAGUUCCUAAUUAUUUCCUUUGUCCAAUAUCUAUGCAACUAAUGAGGGAUCCGGUUACAACAUCAACCGGAAUAACCUAUGAUAGGGUGAACAUAGAGAAAUGGUUAUUCAAGUGCAAGAACACAACUUGUCCCAUAACCAAACAAGAGUUGUUGACCAUGGAUCUUACCCCAAACCACACUCUUCGUCGUGUGAUUCAAUCUUGGUGCAUCAUGAAUUCUUCACAUGGUGUUGAAAGGAUUCCUUCUCCAAAGCCUCAAGUAACAAAAUCAUAUGUUUUAAAACUCCUUAAACAAGCCAUGCAAUCCCAAGAAAUGCAACUUUCUUGCUUGAGGUCACUUAAAUCUAUUGCUCAUGCAAGUGAGAGCAAUAAGAAAUGUUUAGAAUCAUGUGAGGUUGUAGAUUUCUUAGCUUCAAUUGUAAUGAGGAAAGAAGUGGCUUUCAUUCAAGAUUCAGUGUUGAGUUGCGAUAAUAGUCAAACACCACUUGUACUCGAGUACAUCACUACUAAGGCAAGUGAUGAAGCUUUGGAUAUUCUUUUUCAUCUUAAUCUCUCAGAUGAAACCCUAAAAAAGUUCGUCUCCAAAGACAAUGGAGACGAACUUUUCUUAGAUUCUUUAUUGUAUUUCUUGAAAUGUGGGAAUUGUCAAUCUCGAGACUAUGCAAUAAUGCUAUUAAAAUCAGCAUUCAAUGUGGCUGAUCCAUGCCAAUUAAUUGGUGUAAAAAAAGAAUAUUUUAAAGAAAUAUUGUUAUUUUUGAAUUACAAGUUAAUCUCACAACAAGCUACAAAGGCUUCACUUAAGUUACUAGUGGAACUUUGUCCAUGGGGUAGAAAUAGAAUCAAAGCAAUUGAAGUUGGAGCUAUAUCAACCCUAAUUGAGCUUCUUCUUGAUACAAUAGAAAGAAGAUCUUGUGAACUAAUCCUUACAAUUUUACAUCAACUUUGUAGUUGUGCCGAGGGCCGGGCUGAGUUAUUGAACCAUGGGGCAGGAAUAGCCAUUGUUUCCAAGAAAAUACUUAGGGUUUCUCAAGUAGCAAGUGAUAGAGGAGUGAGGAUACUUUGUUCUAUUUCAAAAUUUUCAGCAACUUGUAAGGUUCUUCAAGAGAUGUUGCAAGUGGGAGUGGUGUCAAAGUUAUGUUUGGUGAUACAAGUGGAUAGUUGUUCAAAGACCAAGGAGAAAGCAAAAGAAAUUCUAAGGUUACAUUCUAGGGUUUGGAGAGAUUCUUCUUGUCUUCCUCCUCAUUUACUCUCUUCUUAUCCUUCAUAAAGAAAAUUAUUUUGUUGUUGU